CUCAACAACUGAUAAAUGAUGAAGUACCUAGUGUUUUUGCUAUUGUUUGGAUGUCAAGUAUUCAUCAGGGGCGAUGAAUUGUUGGACUCCGAAGAACCUCCAGAGGGCUACUAUGCAUUCAUAGAAUCGCCCUCUGCCGUUCCGCCAAAGGUACGAUCGCCACCCUACACACACAUCAACAUUGAGUGUAAGGAAGCGACCAACCCAAAACCGUACGUGUCCGCAAACAAUCUGUGUGGUGAUCUGAAUAAGGGAAAAAUUCCACGUAACCCGAUGAAGCAAAAUGUGCUAGGCGAACCGUAUCCCUUUGAAUUGAUCCGCAAUCAAACGCUCAAGUUCCUAUCCAAGACAUUGCCUGUGCUCAAGGCGGACGAUACGCUGCCAAAGGUAACACAAAUCAUCCCCGAUGAACCCGUGGACCAGUUCGAUGAUAAUGGCAUUGGUCGCCGGAUGGGCAAAUCUAUGCGCAUGGAAGAGGAACGUCGCACCGAAGAGGAUGCCCGGGCACCGCGCAAGUUCUGCGAUGGUGGUGGUGUGUUCUGCGCCCUGUAUCGCGCCAUCCAGGGUGAACCGAUUAGCAGCAAACUGGUAGCGGAAAGGCGUGAAGAAGCAGCUGCCUACCCUCCACCACCCCGCUACGAAGGUCCUCCGACGCCCUGCCCGGCCAAGGUGGAGUACGCAACGCCAGUGUUUGCCAAAAACUAUCAAGGAUCGUGGCGAUAUGUCGUGCAAAUCCCGUACGAAGGUUACUUCACACAAACCGUAGAAGUGACGCGCUGUUUACAAGCCCGUUGCCAUUAUCUGGACGGUGGGUGUCUAUCCUCGCCGCGCUGGGUGAGUUUGCUGGUGGCAGAAAUCUUUUACCCGAACGCGGAAGAACAGGUAACACCACCGACGACGACCACCACUACGGCUCCAUCGAUCCAAGACUUCCAGGCCUAUCAGCAGUAUCUGCAAAAGCGUGCCGGAUUACCUACGGAUAAUGUGUAUGAAAGUAGCAUCAAUGGCAGUCCACAGCAGCAACAGCAGCAGCAACAACAGCAAGCUCCAACUGCUACCGCUUCUUCCGCCAAGGCAAAUCAACACUGCGAUGGUCAUGAUGAAAUUGGAUGCUUCCAGGUGCGACUGUACUACGAUUGGUUCCUCAUCCCCGGCUCGUGUAAAUGCUGGCGGCCGGACUACUUUGCGAAAUACGUGCGAAAACGACCAUCGCCAGAUCUGUAA